AUGAAAGAUAUAUUGAGAGAAGCCCCAUUGGGUCAGCUCAUCCGAUUCGUCACACGCAAUAGGGUUCUUCCAUAUCCCGAGGAGUUGCUUGGUUUCGAAUUACCAGCGACAUUCAAUGCUGCUCUCAACUUGCCAGAAAAUGGACAGGAAGCUGCUACUACCACGGCAACCACCAAUGAACGAAAACGGUCACCGAACGGAGCGAGACGCGAUAGUGCAAUUGGGCUUCCGGGAACCGUUGAACCCGGCGAGGAUUUAGACCAGCAAGAUCUGCGCGAUCAUGAUCCAGAAGAUAUGUAUCUCAGCCAGACGAAGAGUCGUCUAGAAACUUGCCCCUUCUCUGAAGAGCGCUUGGAAAUCGAAGCGGAUCUUGCCCUUCAACGGACGCAGACAAAACCAAUCAUCCCACGAAAGUCGUCAGAUGGCAGCAUCCUUGUUGAUUGGUAUACCACUGAUGAUGCAGCAAAUCCUCAAAACUGGUCCAACGGAAAGCGCUUUGUGGUGUCGUUCAUCAUUUGCUUAUACACCUUCGUCGUAUACACUGGCUCCGCGAUCUACACCUCGAGCGAGGGGGGCGUUAUGGAAAAGUUCAAUGUUGGGCCAACAGCCGCAUCACUCCCGCUUUCCCUCUACGUUCUAGCUUACGGUAUUGGGCCUCUUCUCUGGGCUCCUCUCUCGGAGGUUCCAGUCAUCGGGCGAUCUCCAGUCUACGCUGUAACAAUGGCGUUAUUCACCAUCUUAUCCCUUCCCACUGCGCUUGUUGAUAACUUCGCUGGCCUUCUGGUUCUACGGUUUCUCCAAGGAUUCUUCGGAAGUCCUUGCCUGGCAAACGGGGCGGCCACGAUGCAAGAUAUGUACUCUUUGCUCUAUCUACCAUUUGCGCUUACUGCUUGGGUCUCGGCAGCUUACUGUGGACCAGCUAUUGGGCCCCUACUCUCUGGAUUUGCGGUCACCGCCAAGGGAUGGCGCUGGUCAUUAUGGGAGAUCCUGUGGGCAGCUGGACCUAUCUUCAUCGUGAUGUUCAUGUUCCUUCCUGAAACUUCUACCCCCAAUAUCCUGCUCCGUCGCGCCCGUCGACUCCGAAAAUUAACGGACAACAAGCGACUCCUGGCACAGUCUGAAAUCGACCAAAAGAACCUCCGGCCUUCAGCUAUCCUGAUGGAUGCCAUCGCUAAGCCGAUGGAGAUCACCAUCAAGGAUCCAGCAAUCGCAUUCGUGAACCUGUAUACGGCUCUAGUUUACGGCAUUUACUAUAGUUUCUUCGAGGUGUUCCCGCUAGUUUAUCCUGUCUACUAUGGGUUCUCGCUCGGCAUGAUUGGUGUUGUCUUCACCUGCGUGCUCGUUGCCUGCCUAAUCGGCGUUACUAUUUACUGUCUCUACCUUAUUUACAUACUCAUCCCAGAUAUCAUGGCGCACGGUCUGCGCGCGCAAGAGUCCCGCCUGGUCCCUGCUCUCUUCGCCUGCUUCGGCCCUACCAUUGGGCUCUUUCUAUUCGGCUGGACCGCUCGCGCCAGCAUCCACUGGAUCGUGCCAACCAUCGGCAUCACUUUAUACGCUGCCAGCGUCUUCAUUGUUAUGCAGUGUAUCUUCGUAUACGUCCCACUUUCAUACCCUCAAUACGCUGCGUCCUUGUUUGCUGCGAAUGACUUUUUGCGGAGCGCCCUGGCUUGCGGGAGUAUCUUGUUCGCGAGACCACUCUUCAUCAACCUUGGUGUUGGGAAGGGUGUUAGUGUCUUGGGUGGCUUAAGUGUGAUUGGUAUCUUUGGUAUGUUUGGUAUCUGGAUCUACGGCGCGAAGUUGAGAGCGAGAUCGAAAUUCGCGAUUUCGUAA